AGGCGGAGAGCGAAGAAGAAAGGUCGCCAUUUUUGCGGACGUAAGGAAUUUUCCACGUAAAAAUCUCCACGUAAAAAUCCGCAAAUACGAUCGUAUCAUUCGAUCAGAUUACCACAUCUUGUCAUCCAAACGUAAAUCGUUGUAUUUUGAGGAACCACCACGGGAAGAUUCGAGGAGAAAGUCGCGAAAAUGCCGCGUUCGCGGAGUCGCAGCGGGACCCCUGGCUCCAAGCACAAGAAGCACUCCAAACACAAGAGGCGAAGCCGCGACCGGUCCCGAUCGAAGGACAGAAAACACAGAUCCCGCUCACGGGAGAGGCGCGAACGGGAGAGGGACUCACACCGCGGGAGCAAGCGGCCGUCCCGGGUCCGCUCCAGAUCGCCCGUUCCGCGGCGGUCGCGGAGUUCGAGCCCGGACGAGAGGGUGGACAUCUUUGGUCGGAUCAUCAAGCGGCGGACGCCAUCCGAGGAACGCAGAAGAAAGGAGGAAGAAGAAAGACUGGCCGAGUUAGAACGGCAGAGGAAAAUACGGCAACAAGAAAUCGAGGCCAGGCUUGUUGAAGAAGAGGUAGCCAAGAGAGUGGAGGAGAUGGUUGCAAAGCGCGUAGAAGAGGAGCUAGAAAAGCGGAAAGACGAGAUCGAACGCGAGGUGCUCCGGCGCGUGGAAGAAGCCAAAAAAAUCAUGGAACAGCAGAUGCUCGAAGAGAUGGAACGUCAAAGGAAUGCUGAGUUGGAAGCACAGAGACUGAAAGAGGAGGAAGAGAACAAAAAACGUGCGGAACUUGAACGGAUCAUGAUUGAGAACAACCGCAAAAUUGAAGAAGCCCAACAGAAACUGGCUGAGGAACGGCUAAAAAUGAUCGAGGAACAGCGUAAGAUCCACGAGGAGAAGCUUGCAUACGAGCGCGAGAAACUGAAGCAAGUAAAGGAGGAACAGGCCGUAGUUCUCAAUAAGAAGAACAGCCGGCCCAAGCUGUCAUUCUCUCUGAAGCCGGCCUCCUGAUCAGUUGGCUACACCGUUGCCUUAAAGUCAGAGACUGGAGAGGGGUUGGGUGGGAAGGUUGGGGAGGGAAGGGAAAGGGGGUUGAAAUGGACAAGGUAGGUGUUCCGUAAAAAUCGUUCUCUCGUUCCGUGAUUCACCAAAAGAUGGAUCCUAACAUGUAGGCCACCGUUAGUAGAUAUGGUACAACUCAUUGGGCGGAUGUAGAUAUUACUUGGCGUCAUACUUAACUCUGGACUGUGAAUGUUUCCCAGGAAUGUAUUACUCGUGCUGUAAACAGACAUGAGAAUGUAGAUGCUGAGUGUGACAUUUUCCAUACCUCUGCAAAGUGAACCAAUCAAUGUACAUCUAUUUCAAAAGGUUGGAAUGGGGCUUGUCAGGAACCAUACUUUUUUAAGUAAAUGGGAAGGGGUACAUCUAACAUGGGUGGUGUUUGAAUAAUUGAAUUGAAAUGAAAGCAUGGGGCAAGAAAAUUUCCUGACUGUCCCCUCCUAACCUUUUGAUAGUUCGAUCUUUAAUUUUACAUAUUAUUUCAGUUUGACACGACAGUGAGAGCUUAUGAAGAGCCAUUCCACCUCCUGAUGUGUUGUUCAUCUAAUGCUAAUUUUGAUAGUUUUAUUUCCGUUCCACAUGAAAUUAAGAAUUUUAGGGGUUUUAUUCUGUGGAAUUGUGGAAAAAAUACCAAAUGUUUUCCUGGAUAAAUGACUGGAUUGUGUGUAGUUUAUGACAUACCGAGUGGCUUGAAAUGAACAUUGUCGUUCAUUUGUAGGAAAAGUAGAGGGGGUAAAAUUGUCAAAAUUAGUGCUAGAUCAGCAAACAUAGGGGUCUUGUGAAUAAAGGAUGUUACCUGGAAGAA